AUGUCCCUCGGUGAAGACCAAGUUCUAGAGCUUCAGCGCUCGUUCCACGCAUUCGACAAGAAUGGGAGCGGCUUUAUUGAAAUGGAUGAGCUGAAAGAAGGCCUGAAAACGCUCGGAUAUGAUAUCAGUGAGAAUGGCAUCGGUCACCUAUUGGAAAUGGUAGAAUCAUCAGACAACAAACUCAGCUUCGAAGAAUUCAUUUCGUGGAAUGGGCUCCUCUGGAAAGACGACAUGAAAACGAAAUUCAAAAGUAUUGAUGUUGACGGCAGUGGCUGGAUCAACAAGGCAGAAUUGAAGAAAUGGAGUAUCGAUUGUGGUUACGGCUUCUCGGAGGAACAGGUCGACGACCUGUGUUAUUCGAUGGAUUCUUCUGGAAAUGGAAAAAUAAACCUGGAAGAAUUUAUACAGGGAAUGGCGGCUGCACAAGAAGGUAACUCAUACUUCAUAAUUAAUGGGGAACUCUACAUUGAAAAACUGCAGGCAGACUUUCGUGCUAUGGAUGCCGAUGGUUCUGGUUUUAUCACAAGAGAAAAUCUGGUAGAAAUGGCAAACCAAUCAAACUACAUACUCUCAAAACAGGAGUUGGAAGAGACAAUCAAAGGUAUGGACAAAGAUGGGGACGGCCAGAUAAGCGUUGAAGAGUUCAUUGCAUCCGCGAUCAAAUUGAAAGCGGAUUCUUGA